AGAGAGCUGCUGAAACAGAGCUACUAACCAAGUAUCCAUAUGGAGGAAUAAUUUUGAGGCCUGGAUUUAUUCAUGGAACUCGUCGUGUGGGUAGCAUGAAGUUGCCUUUAAGCGUAAUUGGUUCUCCAUUGGAGAUGGUUCUCCAACAUGCAAAACCACUGACUCAGGUCCCUCUUGUUGGCCCACUAUUCACACCUCCUGUAAAAGUUACUGCAGUGGCAAAGGUUGCAGUUAGAGCAGCAACCGAUCCCGUUUUUCCUCCGGGCAUCAUAGACGUCUAUGGAGUACUACGUUACAGCCAGCAGAAGUUGAUAUAGAUUUGUUAAAUUCUUAUGUUUAUCCAUAUGGAAAUGCCGAGACAAGCUGUUCAAUUUUCCUCACGUUGAUAAAUUUCAAUAUGCGCAUAACAAAGAAUUUUUAGAUUUGUUGAGUUUGUAGUCCCAUUGCAAUAAAAAUAUGUGAAUUGACUGGUAUUUUGGUUCCGGCUUGGUUUAUUU